AUGGCCGCCGAGCAAAGAAAGCUGCUCGAGCAGCUCAUGGGCAACCAAUCCACCUCCCGCGCCGCCCAGCUCUCCCUCACAGACCCCAAGGUUUGCCGAUCCUAUCUCGUCGGCACAUGUCCGCACGACCUCUUCACCAACACAAAGCAAGAUCUGGGACAAUGUCCAAAGGUCCAUUCCGAGCCUCUAAAGACCGAAUACGAAGCCUUGUCAGACCGGGAGAAGCAAAGAUACGGAUUCGACUACGACUACAUGCGCGACCUGCAAAAGUACAUUGAUGACUGUAAUCGGCGAAUUGAUGCGGCACAAAAGAGACUCGAGAAGACUCCUGAUGAGAUCCGACAAACUAAUGUCUUGUUGAAAUCGAUAUCGGAACUCGGCGCCUCCAUCGCAAAUGGCCAACUCGAAGUCGAAGUCCUCGCGUCCAUGAACGAAGUAUCCCGCGCUAUGGACGAGAACUUUCGCAUAAAACAAACCAUGCAGUUGAAGUCGGACAAGGAAAAGGAACUCAAAGCCCUGUCGGACACGUCUGGCCCAUCUGGCCAUCAGAAACUCCAAGUCUGCGAUGUCUGUGGCGCAUAUCUGAGUAGGUUGGAUAAUGAUCGUCGGUUGGCGGACCACUUUUACGGCAAGAUGCAUUUGGGUUAUGCGUCGAUGCGCAAGACAUAUGAUGCGUUCCCGAGGGAGUUGAAGAGCAGGCAGAGACAAGGGAUGAUGGAUGCAGAUGAUGGUCCUGGGGGUGGGAUGGGUGGACCGAGAGGACCGAGGGGUGGAGGAUACAGGAGUGGCAGGGGAGGGAGAAGGUGGUAG